UGCAAGGGAGAGAGCUCUAGAAGACCCCUGCCUUGCCAGCCAAGCUGUGCCACUGGCCCUCAGGGAGCCCUCUGGGCUCUCCAGCAGGAGCCAGGCCCAUGCUCCCGUGUGCCCCGAGGCCAUCAGCCGCACCUUGAGCUCUCUGCCACCAGGCAUCUGGAAGGCGUAGCGUGAGGAGCUUCUCUCAGUCCCAACUAUGACUGUGGCCACCGGAGACCCAGCGGACGAGGCUGCUGCCCUCCCUGGGCACCCGCAGGACACCUACGACCCAGAGGCCGACCACGAGUGCUGCGAGAGGGUGGUGAUCAACAUCUCAGGGCUGCGGUUUGAGACCCAGCUGAAGACCUUAGCUCAGUUCCCAGAGACCCUCUUGGGGGACCCAAAGAAGCGGAUGCGGUACUUCGACCCCCUGCGAAAUGAGUACUUUUUCGACCGGAACCGCCCUAGCUUUGAUGCCAUUCUCUACUACUACCAGUCCGGGGGCCGGCUGAGGCGACCCGUGAAUGUGCCCUUAGACAUAUUCUCGGAAGAAAUUCGGUUUUACGAGCUGGGGGAAGAGGCGAUGGAGAUGUUUCGGGAAGAUGAAGGCUACAUCAAGGAGGAGGAGCGGCCCCUGCCCGAAAAUGAGUUUCAGAGACAGGUGUGGCUGCUGUUUGAAUACCCAGAGAGCUCGGGGCCCGCCCGGAUUAUAGCUAUCGUGUCGGUCAUGGUGAUCCUGAUCUCCAUCGUCAGCUUCUGCCUGGAGACGCUGCCCAUAUUCCGGGACGAGAACGAAGACGUGCACGGCGGCGGGGUGGCCUUCCACGCCUACUCCAACAGCACCAUCGGGUACCAGCAGUCGACCUCCUUCACCGACCCCUUCUUCAUUGUGGAGACCCUCUGCAUCAUCUGGUUCUCCUUCGAGUUCCUGGUGCGGUUCUUCGCCUGUCCCAGCAAAGCCGGCUUCUUCACCAACAUCAUGAACAUCAUCGACAUCGUGGCCAUCAUCCCCUACUUCAUCACCCUGGGGACGGAGCUGGCUGAGAAGCCAGAGGAUGCCCAGCAGGGCCAGCAGGCCAUGUCGCUGGCCAUCCUCCGUGUCAUCCGGCUGGUAAGAGUCUUUAGGAUUUUCAAGCUGUCCAGACACUCCAAAGGGCUCCAGAUCCUAGGGCAGACCCUCAAAGCCAGCAUGAGAGAGUUGGGCCUCCUGAUCUUCUUCCUCUUCAUCGGGGUCAUUCUCUUCUCUAGUGCUGUCUAUUUCGCUGAGGCUGAUGAACGAGACUCCCAGUUCCCCAGCAUCCCGGAUGCCUUCUGGUGGGCAGUCGUCUCCAUGACAACUGUAGGCUAUGGAGACAUGGUCCCGACUACCAUUGGGGGAAAGAUAGUGGGUUCCCUGUGUGCCAUUGCAGGUGUGUUAACCAUUGCCUUACCAGUCCCCGUCAUAGUGUCCAAUUUCAACUACUUCUACCACCGGGAGACAGAGGGAGAGGAGCAGGCCCAGUACUUGCAAGUGACCAGCUGUCCAAAGAUCCCGUCCUCCCCUGACCUAAAGAAAAGUAGAAGUGCCUCUACCAUUAGUAAGUCCGAUUACAUGGAGAUCCAGGAGGGGGUCAACAACAGUAACGAGGACUUUAGAGAGGAAACCUUGAAAACGGCCAACUGCACUCUGGCCAACACAAACUAUGUGAAUAUCACCAAAAUGCUAACCGAUGUCUGAUCGCAGCCUAGUCACACGCUCGCAGUUCAAUGGGACUAAGUGCAGACACUGCGUACGAGCCUGCGUCCUAGUCAGUCCGUCCCACCGUGUCUCUGGUUCUGCAUGGAGAGCCAUAGUCGUGCAAGUGACUUUUGAACUUUCAAUUUUUUUUUUUGGUCUAGAACACAGAGUAGCUAUCCAUGGCUCUCACACGAACCUUCAUCACCGGUUGAGGGGUUUCCAAAGAUGGGGAGUCGCCAACAGAGCCAGGAUUUGAGGCCACCUCAUAGCACAUACGUCACCUGCCAUGUGAGAUCCACCUUUCCUUCCUGAUUCGAUGCACGCAACACAGUGCCCAACAGGUGCACCCCCGCCCCCACCCCCACCCAUCUGAGUCCAC